UGUUUCAGUGGAAGUGGGCGGAGCUUCUCUGUUUCAGUGGAAGUGGGCGGAGCUUCUCUGGUUCAGUGGAAGUGGGCGGAGCCUCUCUGCAGUUCGAUGGAGGACGGGCAGAUGGAUGUUUCUCCCCCUCCCUCUGACCACAACAGCUCCUCCCCUUCCGUGUCCAUCAGCUCCUCCCCCUCCGUGUCCCUCCCCUCCACCCCCUCCUCGUCCUGCGGCGCCCCCCAGCAGGCCACACCCCCUCUGUGUGUCAUCAGCGAAGGCGUGGCUGAGCUCAGCCUGGUGAUCGAUGCUGAGGUGGCCCAGCAGGCGUGUCAGGAGGUCCUACAGAUGGUGAAGCUCCAGCAGGUGGAGGGUGGCCCCGCCCACCCGCAGAACGGGGCGGAGCCAGACGAGGCGCCUCAGAGCACCGCGGUCCCUACCGUCAGUGCUCCACAGAUCCCAGAGGAUGACCCCGCCCCCGGCUCGGUGAAGAGCGCCCGGCGGAGACAGAGACACAACAACCCGUCCAAACAGUCUCUGCUGCUGCGCCUGUUUGAGUCCAAACUGUUCGACGUGUCCAUGGCCAUAUCGUACCUGCACAAGUCCAAGGAGCCCGGAGUGCAGGCCUACAUCGGGAACCGCCUCUUCAGCUUCCCUCACGAACACGUGGACUUCUACCUGCCACAGCUGCUCAACAUGUACAUCCACAUGGACGAGGACGUGGGAGACGCCAUCAAGCCUUACGUGGUUCACCGCUGCAGGCAGAGUAUCUCCUUUAGUCUGCAGUGUGCCUGGCUGCUGGGAGCGUACUCCUCGGACAUGCACAUCUCCACUCAGCGCCACUCCAGAGGAACCAAACUCAGGAAACUCAUCUUGUCAGAUGAACUGAAACCUGCAGGGGCACGGACCCGCAGGGAGCCCCUGACUCUGACUCCUUUCUGCCCUGCGGCCUCCACCGGGCCUCUGAGAGCAGAACACAGCCUGUCACCAUCCAAACGGACCCAUCAGCGCUCCAAGUCGGAUGCCACGGUCAGCAUCAGCCUGAGCAGCAACUUGAAGAGGACAGCCAGCAACCCAAAGGUUGAGAGCAGCCAGGACGAGCCGGUCCGUCUGGCCCCUCAGAGGGAGUUCAUCAAGUCCCUGAUGGGGAUCGGGAAGCGCCUGGCCACCCUGCCCACCAAAGAACAGAAGACCCAGCGUCUGAUCUCCGAGCUGUCCCUGCUCAACCACAAGCUGCCGGCCCGGGUCUGGCUCGCCACUGCCGCCUUCGACCACCACGUGGUCCGGGUCCCGCACACGCAGGCCGUGGUCCUUAACUCAAAGGACAAGGCCCCCUACCUGAUCUACGUGGAGGUUCUGGAGUGUGAGAACUUUGAAACGUCCAGCGUCCCCAGUCGAAUCCCGGAGAACCGGAUCAGGAGCACCCGUUCUGUGGAGAACCUGGCGGACUGCGGCAUGACGGUGGAGCAGCGAGCCGGCAGCUUCUCUGUCGUCCCAAACUACGACAACGACGACGAGGCGUGGUCGGUGGACGACAUCGGACAGCUGCAGGUGGAGCUUCCAGAAGGUCACACCAACAGCUGUGACAACAUCAGCCAGUUCUCUGUGGACAGCAUCACCAGCCUGGACAGCAAGGAACCUGUCUUCAUCGCAGCUGGAGACAUCAGGCGCCGUCUGUCCGAGCACCUGGCCCAGGCCCCCACCACCUUCAGACGGGACCCUGAAGACCCGUCAGCCGUGGCCCUGAAGGAGCCGUGGGAGGAGAAGGUCCGGAGGAUCAGGGAGGGCUCGCCGUACGGUCACCUGCCCACCUGGAGGCUGCUGUCCGUCAUCGUCAAGUGUGGAGACGACCUGAGGCAGGAGCUGCUGGCCUUCCAGGUGCUGCAGCAGCUGCAGUCCAUCUGGGAGCAGGAGCGUGUCCCCAUCUGGAUCAAGCCCUAUAAGAUCCUGGUCCUGUCAGCAGACAGUGGGAUGAUAGAGCCUGUGAUGAACGCUGUGUCUCUGCACCAGGUGAAGAAGCAGAGCCAGCUGUCCCUGCUGGACUACUUCCUGCAGGAGCACGGUGCUCCCACCACCGAGGCCUUCCUGUCCGCACAGAGGAACUUUGUCCAGAGCUGCGCCGGCUACAGCCUCAUCUGCUACCUGCUGCAGGUCAAAGACAGGCACAAUGGAAACAUCCUGCUGGACGCUGAGGGACACAUCAUCCACAUUGACUUUGGCUUCAUCCUGUCCAGUUCUCCCAGAAACCUGGGCUUCGAGACCUCCGCCUUCAAGCUCACCGCAGAGUUCGUGGAGGUGAUGGGAGGUCCAGACGGUGACAUGUUUAACUACUACAAGAUGCUGAUGCUUCAGGGUCUGAUAGCAGCCAGGAAGCACAUGGACCGGGUUCUGCAGAUUGUGGAGAUCAUGCAGCAGGGCUCCCAGCUGCCCUGUUUCCACGGCUCCAGCACCAUGCGAGGACUGAAGGAGCGCUUCCACAUGAGCCUGACUGAGGAGCAGCUGCAGCUGCUC